AGAGUGAGCGCCUGUCUCUUUAAAUGCCACGGGCUGCGCUCCCGCCCGGGAGCCCGGAGCCGGAUCUACAAUCCGGUCCCUCCCGCUCCGGCGCUUGUUGCUCACCCGGUCCGAGCGGGAGCUCUUGCCGCCUUGGCUGUGAGGCUGCCGUCUUCUCCUCCUCGCGCCCCACUUCCCCCGAGAGCUGGCUGAGGAGGGGAGGCAGCCCCAGCUGGCGGGAGGAGGCACGUUGUGAACAGUGAUCCCCCGCCUUCAAGUAUCGGGGCGCUACGCAGCCGCGGGGGAAAGACAUGCCCCCCCUCUGUCCGCUGCGUUGCCCUCUGCCCAGCCUCGCUGCCGCCUGCGCCGGGAGAGAAGGGACUGCGGAGCCCACACCUGCAAACUCCCCCUAGGAGUCUCGGGGUGCGGCGGGGAGCCCUUUCCCCAGGCCCCACGGCCUCCACCUCUCCGCGGGUGGCCUCAGCCCCUGUCCGGGUACCUGUGCCAAUGACCCUAGUGGUGGUUUCGCUUUCUCCCCUCGCGGCGGUGUGAACGUGUGUCCGCAGCGUGAUGGGCAACCAGGUGGAGAAACUGACCCACCUAAGUUACAAGGAAGUUCCCACGGCCGACCCGACUGGCGUGGACCGGGACGACGGGCCCCGCAUCGGGGUCUCCUACAUUUUCUCCAAUGACGAUGAGGACGUGGAACCGCAGCCGCCGCCUCAGGGGCCAGAUGGCGGCGGCCUGCCCGACGGUGGGGACGGACCGCCGCCGCCCCAGCCGCAGCCCUACGAUCCGCGGCUGCACGAGGUGGAAUGCUCCGUGUUCUACCGGGACGAGUGCAUCUACCAGAAGAGCUUCGCGCCGGGCUCGGCGGCGCUGAGUACCUACACACCGGAGAACCUGCUCAACAAGUGCAAGCCGGGCGACCUGGUGGAGUUCGUGUCGCAGGCUCAGUACCCGCACUGGGCCGUAUAUGUGGGUAACUUCCAGGUGGUGCACCUGCACCGGCUGGAGGUGAUUAACAGCUUCCUGACGGACGCCAGCCAGGGUCGUCGAGGCCGCGUGGUCAACGAUCUGUACCGCUACAAGCCGCUGAGCCCCAGCGCCGUGGUGCGCAACGCGCUGGCGCACGUGGGCGCCAAGGAGCGCGAGCUGAGCUGGCGAAACUCGGAGAGUUUCGCCGCCUGGUGCCGCUACGGCAAACGCGAGUUCAAGAUCGGCGGCGAGCUGCGCAUCGGCAAGCAGCCCUACCGGCUUCAGAUUCAGCUGUCGGCGCAGCGCAGCCACACUCUCGAGUUCCAGAGCCUGGAGGACCUGAUCAUGGAGAAGCGGCGCAACGACCAGAUCGGGCGCGUGGCCGUGCUGCAGGAACUCGCCACGCACCUGCACCCGGCGGAGCCGGAGGAGGGCGACAGCAACGUGGCGCGGACUACGCCGCCUCCCGGGCGCCCCCCUGCGCCCGGCUCCGAGGCGGAGGACGGAGAGGCGGUGGCACAGUGAUGGGCGAGCUGAGCGCAGAGCUGCGAAGGGGAGCUGUUUGCAGUAGCAGUCGCUGCCCCUUUUCUCCCUCUCUUUCUCCCUCCUCCGCCACCGUCGGGGCCCCAUCUGGGAUUUCUGGGCCCUUUGGAAAAGAGUUGGUGAAAUGCGCAGCCGGCUGUGGACGAGGGAGGAGGAAGGGGACAGAGGGAGCAGGAAUAAGACUUUAGAACUGUUUUGUACUGUGAAUUACGGAUGCUCUUUGAAGGAAAGAAAUAUCGAUUCUAAUGUUCUUCAGAAGCUCUGGCAGGGUAAGCAGGACAUCGACUGGAACGUAUGCUAAAUGAAAGCAGACAAAUUCUAUUUUCUUACCUGAGCAAAUAUUUUAUUGAAACUGCUUAUGUAUGUCAAAGGAGCCCACAACUUCAGCUACACAACUUUUUGUAUUGAAAGAACUCCUACUUUUUGUAGCUUUUAUUUCACAUUUAAUUUAAAAUGACUUUAGCACUAAAAUGCCUAGAAGAUUUUACUCCAGACCUAUAAGGAAAUGUUUAGUUUUUAUGAAAAAUGACAAGUCAGUGGUUUAACUUCUCAUGUCUUUGGCGCUUUGGCCCUAAUAGCGCUGGACAACACCACGACCACAUGGAAACAUAUUUUUGGAAGCAGAACUUUAAUUUUAUAUAACGUAUGCUAUGGAGAGCUAAGAAAAUUUAAGGACUACUUGUUUUCUAUUUUUUUUCCUAAUAAAAUGCAAUCCACUGUGUUGAAGACUGUUGAUAUCAUGUGCUUGUCUAACCAUAUUUUGUUUUAUAAAUUAGAAUAAAAUCUAGUUGUGAUCAUGGUCAUCAAAUGGAUUUGUUUGGAAAGCCACAUCUUUGUGAAAUGUUUUUUAAAUCUGAGUAACUAUAAACUGAUUCAUUCAGCUUUUCGUUUGGUUUUGUUCUUGCCUAUCAUACUUGUGACUCGUGAAGAAUUAUGUUGGCAAACAGGAUAAAUUCCACAUGCAUUUUAUUUCCCAGUGAGUUGUAUAAACUUUAUUUUUGUUGAAGGUUGUAUGUUAAAUCAAUGUUACAUUCUUAUAUCACUUCUUGAGAAGGAAGUUUUGACUUGAAAUUAUAUCAUUUCCUUCAAAAUGAAGGGCAGUGCUUAGUUAAAUAAAAGAUUGAUGAUAUCUUUUAAGCCAUUUCCUCUUCACUAUGUCUUAUUAAAAUAAAACCUGUCAAGUUCUUUUGAAAAAAAUGCUAUGAGGGUUUCCAAUAAACCAUCUAUUAAAGUUCA